UUUUUGACAUCUGUCACUUUUUGUAUUGACUUUGCAUUUUUCUCGUGCCGUUUUGUUACGAAUUUUCGGCCAGAGAUUUGAUGGUAGUUUCGCAACAAAUCCAACAACAAUUAUCGAAAUGCAUACUCUUUUAAGCAGUGAAGUGUUGGAAGAGUUCAGGAAGAACUUCUAUGGCAACGAGAAGAACCUGCUGGCCCAAAAUGUGUGCUCCAGGAUCGACCCUUUCGAAGUGGCGCUGUCCAGGAAGGUACUGGAGGAAACUCAACACGUCUACAACCACAAGGUGGACAGCGAGGGUAAACCGACGACGAACCAGAAGAGUUCGGGCAGAUGUUGGAUAUUUGCUGCCUUGAAUGUGAUCCGGUUGCCGUUCAUGAAGCAUCACAACAUUGAGGACUUUGAAUUCAGCCAGGGGUACCUGUUCUUUUGGGACAAGAUCGAGAGAUGCAACUAUUUCCUGAACAACAUUGUGGAGACGGCAAAGCGUGGCGAAAUGGUUGACGGGCGGCUUGUGUCCUUCUUGUUAUCUGACCCAACAACUGAUGGUGGCCAGUGGGAUAUGAUCGUCAAUUUGAUCAAAAAGUACGGACUGAUGCCCAAGAAAUGCUUCCCCGAGUCAUUCAGUUGCGAGUCCAGCUUGCGUAUGAAUCAGACGCUUAAGAGCAAGCUGAGGGAAUAUGCAAAAAACAUACGCGACUUGAUAUGCAAAGGAGGCAGCGACGCAGACGUCUCGGCCCUCAUCACUGAACAAAUGAACUCGGUGUUCCGCAUCGUGGCCAUCUGCCUGGGGGUGCCUAGCAGCAAGUUCACUUGGUCCUACUAUGACAAGAACAAGGUGCAUCACACUGUUGGACCCGUAACCGCCGUUGAGUUUUACGAGAACCACGUUAAACCGUACUACAACGUGGAUGACAAGGUUUGUCUGGUAACUGACCCUAGGCCGACGAACGAAUACGGCCGUGCCUACACGGUGGAUUGCCUGGGUAACAUUGUGGGUGGUAGAAGAUGCAUUUACAACAAUCAGCCGGUGGAACUGCUCCUGGAACUCACGGCUAAAAGCAUCUGCGAAGGUGAGGCUGUUUGGUUUGGCUGUGAGGUGUCGAAACGCUUCGCCGGUAAGCAGGGCAUUCAAGAUUUGAGAGUACACGAUUUUCCGCUAGUUUUCGGCGUUGACAUACAAACGACGUUGAGCAAGGCUGACCGGCUUUAUUACGGGGAAAGUUCCAUGACCCACGCCAUGGUCUUCACUGCCGUCAACAAAAAUGAACUCGGUGAAGUAACGAAGCUGCGAGUAGAAAACUCCUGGGGUGAAGACCGAGGUGAAAAGGGAUAUCUGUUAAUGACCGCCGAUUGGUUCAAGGAGUUCACCUUUGAGGUCGUCGUCGAUAAGAAGUUUGUACCGCAAUCGGUUCUAGACGUUUUCAAUCAGGAACCCAUAGUUCUGCCCGCUUGGGAUCCAAUGGGGACGCUUGCCUGCUGAUUUUUACAAUAAAUGUUUCUGUUUCGGGUCUUUUUUUUGAAGUUUAUUACGCGAAUUGCCUAUGGAUUAUUCCUAAAUCAUGCUACAACUCGAAAUGUACCAGUAUAUUUUAAGUAUUCAAAUAUAAAGUAACUAAAAUUGUGUGAAAUGACCUAUGUAUAAUAACCCAAGUUUUUUCAAAUAAAUACUGUAAUUUUAAAUUGUUUUAA